AUGGUUGGAAGAGCGAACAAGUUGUACGUGCAUAAAAGAGGUGGCAGAAUGGAGGAGGUUCAUAUUGACAAAAUAACUUCAAGAAUUAAAAAGCUGUGUUAUGGAUUGAACAUGGACUUUGUUGAUCCUGUAAGCAUAACUCUGAAAGUUAUCAGUGGUAUUUAUUCUGGUGUAACUACAGUUGAAUUAGAUAAUUUGGCUGCUGAGACAGCAGCUACUAUGACAACUGAUCAUCCAGAUUAUGCUAUACUAGCAGCCAGGCUUGCUAUAUCAAAUUUACAUAAAGAAACAAAGAAACAUUUUUCAGAUGUUAUUGCUGAUUUAUACAACAUUAUCAAUCCGCACACAAAGAAACAGGCUCCAAUGAUAUCUGAAUUCCAUUACAAUAUUAUAAUGCAGAAUAAGGAACGGCUAGAUUCAGCCAUUGUUUAUGACAGAGAUUUCAAAUACAAUUAUUUUGGUUUUAAAACAUUAGAAAGAUCAUAUCUAUUGAAAAUAAAUAACAAGGUUGCAGAGAGGCCUCAACAUAUGCUUAUGCGAGUGUCUAUAGGCAUUCAUGGUGAAGACAUUGAUUCUGCAAUAACCACUUAUAAUUUACUGUCUGAAAAAUAUUUUACUCAUGCUAGCCCUACACUAUUCUCGGCAGCAACACCCAGACCUCAGCUCUCUUCUUGUUUCCUAAUGGCAAUGAAAGAUGACAGUAUUGAUGGAAUUUAUGAUACUCUUAAACAAUGUGCUCUAAUAUCAAAAUAUGCAGGUGGGAUUGGCCUUCAUGUACAUUGCAUACGAGCCAAGGGCUCAUACAUUGCUGGAACAAAUGGGGUGUCUAAUGGACUAGUUCCAUUAUUGAGAGUUUACAACAACACUGCAAGAUAUGUUGACCAGGGAGGUAACAAAAGACCGGGUGCAUUUGCUGUUUACUUGGAGCCAUGGCACUCUGAUAUUUUUGACUUUUUAGAUUUAAAAAAGAAUACUGGCAAAGAGGAAGUCCGUGCUCGUGAUCUUUUUUAUGCUCUUUGGAUACCAGACUUAUUUAUGAAGAGAGUUGAACAAAACGAAAACUGGAGUCUGAUGUGCCCUCAUGAUUCCCCUGGACUAGCGGAUUGUUGGGGAAAAGAAUUUGAAAAGUUGUAUGAACAAUAUGAACAGGAUAACAGGUUUGUCAAACAAGUGAGAGCUCAAGUAUUGUGGAAGGCUAUAAUUGAGGCACAAGUUGAGACAGGAACACCAUUUAUGUUGUAUAAAGAUUCUUGUAAUAGAAAAAGUAAUCAAAAAAACCUUGGUACUAUAAAAUGUAGUAAUCUCUGCACUGAGAUUGUAGAAUAUACAUCUACAGAUGAAAUAGCUGUAUGCAAUUUAGCAUCAAUAGCUCUGAAUAUGUUUGUUAAUGAUGAUAAAACCUACAAUUUUAUAAAAUUGAAAGAAGUUACUAAAAUUAUUACCCAGAAUUUGAAUAAAAUUAUAGAUAUUAAUUAUUACCCACUGCCUGAGGCAAAAAAUUCUAACAUGCGGCAUAGACCAAUAGGAAUUGGUGUUCAGGGAUUAGCGGAUGCAUUUGUUUUGAUGCGUAUCCCUUAUGAAAGUGAAGAGGCUCUUAAGUUGAACCAGCAGAUAUUUGAGACUAUUUAUUAUGGUGCAUUGGAAGCUAGCUGUGAAUUAGCACAAAAAGAUGGAGCGUAUAGUACUUAUAAAGGGAGUCCUGCAAGCCAAGGAGUUUUGCAAUAUGAUAUGUGGAAUAAAACUCCUACUGAUCUAUGGGAUUGGUCAACUUUAAAAGAAAAUAUUUCUAAGCAUGGACUCCGCAACUCAUUACUAUUGGCACCAAUGCCAACCGCAUCUACAGCACAAAUUCUGGGCAAUAAUGAGUCAUUUGAACCAUUCACUUCUAACAUAUAUCAGAGGAGGGUACUGUCUGGCGAGUUUCAAGUAGUAAACCAUCAUCUUUUGAGAGAUUUAACACAAGCUGAUCUAUGGGAUGAAGAUAUGAAAAAUAUUAUUAUUCAUAAUAAUGGUUCUAUUCAGAACAUUGAAGCAAUUCCCAAGGAAAUUCGGGAUCUGUAUAAAACAGUUUGGGAAAUUUCUGUUAAAACCACAAUUCAAAUGGCAGCUGAUAGAGGGGCUUUUAUUGAUCAAAGUCAAUCUUUUAAUAUUCACGUUGCUGAACCAAAUUAUGGAAAGUUAACUUCUAUACAUUUUUAUGCCUGGAAAAUGGGACUAAAAACUGGCAUGUACUAUCUGCGUACAAAGCCAGCUGCUAAUGCUAUACAGUUUACUGUUGAUAAAUCAAAAGUCAAGGUGGGAAAUGGCAAGGUAGAGAUGGAAGAGGCAGCCGAAAUGUCAAUGAUAGCAUGUUCAUUGCUAAACAAAGAUCAGUGCUUGAGUUGUGGUUCUUAA